AUGGCAGCGCUGGAGAGUGCCGCGCCACACGGAGAUUGGCUGAGGCUCGCGGGCGCUGUCAGCGCGCGAUUGGACGGCAAUAAGACGGAAGCUGCUGAAGCGAGUGGCCAGAGGCUGGCCGCGGCGAUGCAGAAAGCAGACCGUGUCUGCGCUGCUGGGCCGGUGCUGCUUGUGCUGUUGCUAUCCCUCUCGGUGCAGGGCGGCGGUGGCACCAAGAAUCGCGCGGGGCUUGUGACCUGCGGGUCGGUGCUGAAGCUCCUCAACACGCACCACCGGGUUCGGCUGCACUCGCAUGACAUCAAAUACGGCUCUGGCAGUGGUCAGCAGUCCGUGACUGGCGUGGAGGCUUCGGACGACGCCAACAGUUACUGGCGGAUCCGCGGCGGCCCAGAGGGCGCGUGUCCGCGUGGGGUCCCUGUGCGCUGUGGGCAGACUGUGCGGCUCACGCACGUGCUCACCGGCAAGAACCUGCACACGCACCAUUUCUCCUCGCCACUGUCGAACAAUCAGGAGGUGAGUGCCUUUGGGGAGGAUGGCGAAGGUGACGACUUGGACCUUUGGACAGUACGCUGCUCCGGGCAGCACUGGGAACGUGAGGCCUCAGUUCGCUUCCAGCAUGUGGGGACAUCGGUGUUCCUGUCCAUUACAGGGGAACAGUAUGGUAGCCCCAUCCGUGGGCAGCUUGAGGUGCAUGGCAUGACCAGCGCCAACUCGCACAAUACCUGGAAGGUCAUGGAAGGGGUCUUUAUCAAGCCCAGCUUGGUUCCAUCCACAGGCCAUGAUGAACUCUGA